GGCGGGGCUUCCUUCGAGGGGCGGGGACGCAAGGUAAAGAGUCUGGAGCGGACCCUGGGAGAGUCAGAAGCACAUCCGGUGUUAGAAGAGCCGUGUGGGCUCCUGAGAGGCGGGUUAGAAGAGCGGAGGCUGUGUCCCACAGACAGUAGCAUCAUGAAUAUAUUUGAUCGGAAGAUCAACUUUGAUGCACUCUUUAAAUUUUCCCACAUAACCCCCUCGACACAGCAGCACCUGAAGAAGGUUUAUGCCAGUUUUGCCCUCUGUAUGUUUGUGGCGGCUGCGGGGGCUUAUGUCCAUGUGGUCACCCAUUUCAUUCAGGCUGGCCUGCUGUCUGCCUUGGGCUCUUUGGGGUUGAUGAUUUGGCUGAUGGCAACACCUCACAGCCAUGAAACUGAGCAAAAAAGACUGGGACUUCUGGCUGGAUUUGCCUUCCUUACAGGAGUUGGCCUGGGCCCUGCUCUGGACUUGUGCAUUGCCAUCAACCCCAGCAUCCUUCCCACUGCCUUCAUGGGCACAGCAAUGAUCUUCACCUGCUUUACCCUGAGUGCACUCUAUGCCAGGCGCCGUAGCUACCUCUUUCUAGGAGGUAUCUUGAUGUCGGCCAUGAGCCUGAUGCUCUUGUCUUCCCUGGGGAACCUUUUCUUCGGAUCUGUUUGGCUUUUCCAGGCAAACCUGUAUUUGGGGCUGGUGGUCAUGUGUGGCUUUGUCCUUUUUGAUACUCAACUCAUUAUUGAAAAGGCUGAAAAUGGAGAUAAAGAUUAUAUCUGGCACUGCGUUGACCUCUUCUUAGAUUUUGUAACUCUCUUCAGAAAGCUCAUGAUGAUCCUGGCUAUGAGUGAGAAGGAUAAGAAGAAGAAGAAGUGAAGCAGCCAUCCAGCCUUCCCCAGUUUGACUUCCUCUCCCUCAGCCCCUCAUUUCCUCUUUGCACACAUUACAGGUGGCGUGUUCUGUGAUAAUGAAAAGCAUCAGAAAAGCUUUUGUACUUUGUGGUUUUCUCUAUUUUGAAUUUUUUGAUCCAAAAAACUGAUUAGAAUAUAGUUUGGAGUUUGGCUUCGUAUUCCUGGGGUUUUUCCCCGCCCCCGUUUUCUGACAGCCCCCAUGCCUAGCCUCUUCCUCUGCUCAAGCAGCCAGCCCACCGUGAUAAGGAGCGGGGUCUGCAGCAAAGGCAAACUCCAAGAGUCCGCUCUCUGGUCAAGCUUCACCAAGUGGACCCAGACUGGUAAAGACGCCUCGGCCCUUCCUUCCUCAGCGGUGUUUGGUUUGUGCACAGUUCCUGUGGGACUAGGCAGUGUGUUUUCCACUGGAAAGAUUGCUGGUCCCAUUGUUACUUGGGCUUAUUGUAUCUAAGCUGUCAGCCCCUACAAGGAAAACGAAAAGCCUCUUCUGGUGGAUGCUGAGCUUCCUCUGAGCUGCCCGAGUCACCGCUGGUCUGGCAAACACACCUUUCUGCCUUGCUAUCACAAAAGGAAUGUGGAUUUUUGUGUGUUCCCUUCCCAAUCCCUUAUCUGAUCCUCAGGGAAUCUGCCUGCUUUCCAUCCAUGGGGUGGGAGGAUUUCAGUACAAAGGGAAAUUCUUGUCAGGCAUUUAAGAAAGGCUGAUUAUGUAUGGCAAGAUACAGAAAAUUCAAACUGUCCCAGUCUUUUUUUUUUGAUCACUAUCUUAAUUACCGAGUGGCCUCUAUUAGGUGACUAUGAUUAAGGAUUCCAGGAGAGGAAGGAUAAGAAAGGGGCAUGGUUGAGCCUCUAGGGUGAUUGUAACUAAUCCUGCCAGACAAACCCAGAUAAGGACCCGCUUGAGGCAGGAGAGAGCAAAAUCUCCACUAACUGCAUCUUUGUUUAGACCAGGGGAACCAGCUAUGAUGACUCCGGAGGCCGUGUUCAGAACAGUCCGUAGGUGCAUUUUUGUCUUAUCCAAACUGAGCACUAAUAAGUAGUGUCAGGCCAGAGAUUAGGGGCAGUCGAUAAAUGUCCAUUUUACAGAUGCACUUUUAGGUUUUGGUCUAUUCACCGGUUUCUAGAAAUCUGCAGCUGCCUUUAGGCAGCGGCCGGGCGACCAAACCUCUGAUUUCCUGCAACUUUGUGUUUGGAAGUGUAGGGGGCCGUACUAACGGGGGUCACCAGCUCCUCCCCGAGAGCGGCCACAGUCAGCUGGCACAGAACGGCAGGCAGCCUUGGGAGUGGUGGUGUCUCUGGCUGUUCACAGAGCUUCAGCCUAAGGAGGGCUGGAGCCAUCUAAAACUCAUUCCUCGUAGGACACCAUUUUUGGCUUUCCCUGUUCACAACCAGUAUACAGUUUGACCCAGUGGCUGCUGGCUCACAGCGUACCACAUCACCAUACCCCAUGAGACAGUUGUGUUGGCAGGCCGUGUGGUUCCUGGAGUGGCAUGCCACCCGGAAGAAUGGCUUGCUUCUGCAGAGGAUACUGCUCUCUGAGCUGCUGUCCCCAGCCUGUCAGUUGAGAAUUUACCAGAAGGGAUUUCCUUCCUAUCAACCCCCCACUAGCAACUCUCCAUAAAUUUAUUGAUUCUCUGCUAGGCCUGAGAAUCUGUUAAAUCUUCUGAAGCCAAACUCCACCUCUUGUGCUUUUUUGCUUGGGAUUAAAGGAGUUUUUCUUUAGAAACAGUGCCAAGAAUGACAAGAUAUAAAAAACUACUUUUAAAGAAAAUACCUAACAGGUUUUUAAUACAGUAAUCACUGUAGUUAUCACUUUCUUUUCUAGUUCCUUGGUUUUCAGCUCAGGCUGCAUUCUCUAACUCAUACUGUGAAGACAAAGGUGUUUUUGAUUCAGAAAUAUAUGAAAUUACAUAGUCUUAAUUUGUAAAAAAUAAAGAAAAUUCCUUAACCUUU